AUGCCCGCCCCAAAAUUAUCAUCAUCGGCGCGGGUCCCUCUAGCCUCCGCCUCGCCCGCCUCCUCCAAGUCAACUCCCUCCCCUGCACCAUCUACGAAGCCGAAGCCUCUCGACAUGUUCGCAACCAAGGAGGGGGCACCCUCGAUUUGCACCUUCGAUUUGCACCCUCGAGCCGGGCAAGCCGCGCUCAAAGCCGCGGGACUCUUCAAGGAAUUCCAGAAAUACUCCCGUCCGGAAGGCGAGGCCAUGAAACUCAUCCAACCCGACGAUGCCCCGAAAGAAUUUGAUGGCGAAGGCCUUGAUCGCCCUGAAAUUGACCGCGUCAAGCUCCGUGAUAUUUUGCUGGAUUCCUUGGAAGAAGGGACCGUUAAAUGGGGCAAAAAGGUCAUGCGCGUAGAACCUGACCCCUCCGCACGGGCAAACACGCCAUCGUUUUCGCCGACUUCACAACCAAGACGUCCAUCGAUCUCCUCGUCGGCGCGGACGUCCGGUAUCACGAGCAUCGAGCUCUGGGCACUGGACGUCGACGCCAAGAACCCGUGGUUGAGUGAGUAUAUCGGCAAGGGCUCGUGCUUUAUGUUUGACGAGGGGAGGGCACUGCAGUGUCAGCGGCAGGGAACGGGAGCUUGCGGGAUUGACUUCGCAAAUCCGUCAGAGACGACGCGGCAGGAGAUGGUGGAUAAAUACUGGAGCGAUUGCUCCACGGAUGUGAAGCGGGUUAUCCUUUCUGCGAAGGACGAGCUUAUCCCGCGAAAGCUAUAUAUGCUCUCCGUCGGGAUCCAGUGGAAGUCGAAGCUUGGUGUUACGCUGCUGGGUGACGCGGCGCAUCUGAUGACGCCGUUCGCUGGGGUGGGGGUCAACGUAUCGUUGGCGGAUGCGAUGGAUUUAGCAAAGGCGAUUUUGAGGAGGAAGGCGAGUGUGGUGGCGAAGGUGCGGAGUGAUGGGUACAAUAUUGGAGUGGCGGUGGAGGAGUAUGAGAAGAUAUUUGAGAGAGGGAGGAUGAAUGCGGAGAAGACAAGGAAGAAUUUGGGUCUGCAUUUCAGUGAAAAGGGAGGCGCGGAGAUAGCGGGACGGUUGAGCGCACAUGCUGAGGCAAUGGCAAAGGGAGAUGGCAGACACUAG